CACUGUCACUCGUCUGCCAGAGUUUGUCAUGGUUGGUUUUGUUUAGUUAUCGACAAAGAAGUAGGCUACCAGGUUUUUUGUGCCGGUACUUCAGUUGGCUAAAUCCUUUUGACUUGUGACUUUAUGAUAACCUGGAACUUUAUGAUAACCUGGAAUUCUGAAGGACAUACACGCGUUUAGGGAACGCAGGGACAUGCUUUUCGAUUAUUUUGGAAUUGUUGGGAUUCUAUUAUGUUUCAUUUUAUUUUCGGAAUCCGUAACAGACAAAGUUCCGCUCCCUGCACCGACCAACCUGUCGAUACGCUGGCACGAUGAGUUCUGUCUGACGCUGUCAUGGCAGGCGCCUCAGGAAGACUUGGGCAAAUGCAAAGUGAAGUAUUAUAUACAAAUUGACGAGGGAAAAUACCUAAUUAAUCAAACAAAUCGUAUAUCGUGCCAUUUCACCGAGAAGACGGUGAAGUACACUGUGCAAACCGAGCCCAUAGAUUGUGGAGACAGAGACCGGAGUGAACCUGUGACCAAAAUUAUCCCUCAACACACAGAGCAUAUUAAGGAAUUCAGCUGUUACCUCUACUCAACCAAGGACAUGAAUUGUUUCUGGCUGACAUCCAAUCAUGUUUCAGACCUCCAACUCUUAUAUAGGGGGGUGGACAAAGACCAUUCAGCAGCAUGUACAGAGGAAAAAGAUACCCAUUUAGCAGCAUGUACAGAGUAUCUCUACAGGAAUGGUGUGAAGACAGGAUGUCACCUACAUGACAAUCAAGUGUCCAACGUGAAUGACGUAUAUUUCUUGCUCAAUGGUACAUUCGAUGGCUCACCUUUUCAGAAUACCUUCAAGAGGACUCCCAGCAAACUUGUCAAGCCCCCACCCCCCACACUCAACAUAAAACAAGAGUGGAAAAAGCUUGUCCUUGAUUGGGCACCACCAGACAUAUUUAAGCCUCACUGCUGGAAGUACAAAUUGAAUUACAUCAAAUGUGGGGAGACUUCCUCUGUCACGAGUCAAACAAAUUCAGCCAGCAUACCAUAUGACUUAAUGUGCCAGUACAAGAUCCAGCUUGAAACUACAAUAAACUCAGAUUGUGGGGAAGGCAGCAUCGUAAGAGGCCCAUUCGAAGUUUAUGGUCAGGAUAAUCAUAACAUGAUAGUGGUGGCCAUCAUUGUUCCAAUCAUCAUCUUCGUUUCUGUCAUCAUUGCACUUGUGUGUUUAAGGAAGCAUAAAACCAUUAUUUUCCCUGACAUUCCCAAACCUCAGCUAAUAUUCAAGGACAUAACGAAUAACAAUAAGGAGCCAAAGAACCCCAUAGAGAAGCUGUAUGUUCCAGUACCAGAGGAGGUGUAUAUUCCAGUGCCAGAGAACAUGAAAUGAAAUUCACCUAGAGACCAACCCUCUACCUACCUACCCAGCCAGACUAGGCACACAAACCUUACAUGUAUGGUUUGCUUGGUCUGAGAGAACAGUCAGACAUGCGACUAAUGCCGGGAUUCUAAUUUGACAACUCAUCGUGAAAGGCAGCGUUCGAGGAUUGUGGUGAUGCCAGUCUCACUCAGCAAGGCAUUAAAUUAUGGCACUGAUCUGACAUGGUGACCAUCAUGAAAUACUCAAUUACUGUGUUACAUCCUGGCAUAACCCAACCUCAGCGACGACAGGGAUACUUGUGGAUGGGCUACAGCCCAGUGUUCAGUUAAGGGAUCCACCUUAAAAGUAGGGAAUGGAAAUGAUUUAUUAAGUAUUAUUAUUGCCCGUGUUCCUCUUGAGGCUUAUUGCUGUAGGAGAUGGCAGCUUUCAGACAACAACAAGUGUGCCGUAUUCUUGUGUGUAGAUCGUAAGAAGGGUUUGUUGAGAGGUAGAAAUUGACUCAAUGGCCUCUCUCCCAGUGAAUGUGUGGAAGGUAAAACGUACAAGUGUCCAGCUGGUAACACAGUAUGAACCACUCAAGAAGGCUCAUGUUGCCAAUCUGAAGAACGACUAAGAGAUGGUUUUGGCAACAGACCCUGAAUGCUACUUCGCCUAUUUGGACAUUGUAACGGUCUCAACACUUGAUGACUACAACCCUUUCUUUGCUACUGCUAUACUUCAUUUUGUACAUGUUUUUAAAGGCUCAUCAAUUUAGUACAAAUUUGGGGGAAAUUUAAUAAGUUGAUGUACUUUACAGUAGACUACAACCCUUUGAACAGUCAAAUGUUGCAUAUUCUGUUGUAAAUAUCUUUCUUUGCAGAAUGUUGUGUACCGUAUUUUCCGGACUAUAAGUCACACUUUUUGUAUUAGUUGCCUGGUCCUGCGACUUAUAGUCAGGUGCGACUUAUAUGUCAAAAUAUAUAUAAUUUAACAUGUU